AUGGCUCACUCGCCGUCGUCGUCGUCGGCGGCUGACGACCCCGCCGAGAACACGGCCGACGAGGAAGAUUCCGAAGACUACUGCAAGGGCGGCUAUCACCCCGUCCAGAUUGGCGAAAAGUUCAAGGACGGCAAGUACACGGUUGUGCGCAAGCUGGGCUGGGGUCACUUCUCGACCGUCUGGCUGUCGCGGGACAACACCAACGGCAAACACGUCGCGCUCAAGGUGGUGCGCUCCGCCACCCACUACACUGAGACGGCCGUCGAUGAGAUUAAGCUUCUCAACAAGAUCGUCCAGGCUAACCCCAACCAUCCCGGCCGCAAGCACGUCGUCAGCCUCCUCGACUCGUUCGAACACAAGGGCCCCAACGGAACCCACAUGUGCAUGGUGUUUGAGGUGCUGGGCGAGAACCUGCUGGGCCUCAUCAAGAGAUGGAACCACCGCGGUAUCCCCAUGCCUCUUGUCAAGCAAAUCACCAAGCAGGUCCUGCUGGGCCUGGAUUACCUCCACCGGGAGUGCGGCAUCAUCCACACCGAUCUCAAGCCCGAAAACGUCCUGAUUGAGAUUGGAGACGUCGAGCAGAUUGUCAAGAAGGUGGUCAAGCCCGAGACGCCCGACAAAGAGAACAACCGCAACGGCCGCAGAAGGCGUAGGACGCUCAUUACUGGCAGCCAGCCGUUGCCGUCUCCCCUCAACGCCAACUUCAACCACAACAACCUAUUCCCAUCAUCAACUUCCCAGGGCAGCCUGGCUGGAAUGCUGGAAGGUACGACCAGUAUUAUCCCUCCUCCCUCUCUUGCAUUUGAUAUUCUUCUAACGCUCUUUCCUUUGUUUCUAGGUAAGAACAAGGACGGAUCGCCAAAGGCCGACGACGCUCAUAAGAGAGAAAAGUCUGCUGACCUCCUGACUCGCGAAGUGUCGGGUAUCUCUCUAGACAAAUCCAGCACACCUUCGUCGGGCUCAACCGGCGACAAGCGCAAGGCGGAUGAUUCGCAUGCGUUCGAGGUGAUUAGCGUCAAGAUUGCCGACCUGGGCAAUGCAUGCUGGGUCAAUCACCAUUUCACCAACGAUAUUCAAACGCGUCAAUAUCGAUCUCCAGAGGUGAUUUUAGGCGCAAAGUGGGGUGCAAGCACAGAUGUCUGGAGCAUGUCUGCCAUGGUGUUCGAGUUGAUUACGGGCGACUAUCUGUUCGAUCCCCAGUCUGGCACUAAGUAUGGCAAGGACGACGACCACAUCGCGCAGAUCAUCGAGCUGCUGGGCCCCUUCCCACGAUCUCUGUGCCUCAGUGGCAAAUGGAGCCAGGAGAUAUUUAACAGAAAGGGAGAGCUCCGGAACAUUCAUAGGCUGAGGCACUGGGCUUUACCAGAUGUCCUGAGAGAGAAAUAUCAUUUCAAAGAGGACGAGGCUAAGCGCAUCUCGGCCUUUCUGACUCCGAUGCUCGAGCUCGUGCCAGAGAAGCGCGCCAACGCCGGCGGCAUGGCAGGUCACCCGUGGCUGGACGACACGCCGGGCAUGAAGGGCGUCAAGAUUGAGGGCCUGGAGGUCGGCAGCCGUGGAGAGGGAAUUGACGGCUGGGCCACCGAGGUGCGGAAACGAUGA